AUGUACAAGACCAGUUACAAACAUGAAGUGCACAAGGAGAAAUUUGAGCACUCAGACACAUUUGAAGAGCAAAACUACAGCCUGGGGUCUGCCAUUCAAGGAUGGGAAAGCCUGCAGGAGCUCAAUGGCCGCUUUGCCAAGUACAUCAACAGAGCCAGGGUGCUGGAGCAGAGAAAUGCUGUCUUCAGGAAGCAACUGGAAACCCUGCACCGGAUGGAGGAGCUGGCUGGCCUAGAGGAAGCGUUCACUGAACAGAUUGCAGUCAACCAACAGAGGAUUCGGGAGCUGUCUUCUGAACGUUCCAAGCUGGGGAGGAACCUCAAAGAUGCUGAGCGAAUGUUGGAGGAGUUUCAGAACAAGUACAGAAACGAAUGUGAAUAUCAGCAGCAACUUCGUGCCACACUGGACCAGCUCAAUAAGGAAGCUGAUGGUGCUUUGCUGAUGAACCUGGAGCUGCAGAUUCAAGCUCAAUUCCUACAGGAUGACAUCAAUGCAACUAAAGACAGACACAAAAAGAACCUUGCUGAAAUCCAGACUUACGUCAACAUUUUGCAGCAGAUCAUCCAGAGCACACCACGUCUGCCAGUGGGGCUCUCCCAGGGUCCAGAGAAGCUGUUUGCUCCCAGAAGACUUCCUGCCUUGCAGAAGCAGCUGGAUGAGUAUAAGAGCACCCUAUGCCAGCUGCACGCCCAGAAGCACAGGCUGCAUACCGAGACUUUAGUUUUGGAGCAGGCUAUAAAAAACACGCAAGAGACCUACGAUGAUGAAAUCCAGCAGUACAACGAGCGAAUCGAAAGCCUGCGUAAGGAAAUCGAAGAAUUGGAGAGGACCUUGGAGAAGUACACCAGCCAGUGCCGUCACCUGGCCAUGUAUCAGACCUCCUUGGAGAACGAGCUGGAGAGAUACAAGCGAAUCAUUGAGAACGAGGAUAACAGGCUCAAUUUGGCAAUAACUGGAAGUCCUAUCACCAUGUUUCCCACAAGUUAUCAGCACAGCUUUUCACCAUCUGUUGCUACUCGAGGUAAAGAUAUAACUCAAGUGGUUCAAGAAAUUACCAACGUGAAACCCCGGCAGAAAAGCAUCACCAAAAAGAUAACGAAGAAAAAGGAAACGGUCACCAAAGAUGUGUUGGUCAAUGCCGCUGAGGAUUCAAGAGAAGAAGCUCCAGAGGUAGAUAGCUUCCAAAAAAUGAAAGAGGAGGAGGAGCUCCACCAGAGUGUCAGCCCCACCGAUGUGCCUGAUGGAGCGCAGAUAAGUAAAGCCUUUGAUACACUAUGCAACCUAGUCAAGGAGAAAAUGAGACGACACAAAAAGCCAGAGGGCCUUCCUGACUUUUACACUAAGGGCCGUUAUGUACUUGUAACAGGUGAGGGCAGCUACGUAGAUCCGUUCUUCUGCUCCACCUCACCAUCCUCUGGAAAUGUUAUUGUUACCAUCUACCAAGAUUCCUUGCCAGCAGAUGAAGAUGGCAGCAAAUCUGAUCCUCAGCCCCAGCCACAACCCCAGCCACAACCCCAGCCUCAGCCUGCUCCUGUGUCUAAUAAGAAUGAUAAUGAUGACUGCAAGAGGAAAGAUAGAAAUGGACGCCAAGAACCACCCACUCCUCCCUGUCCAGAAAUAAAUGUGCCUCCUAAAGAUCCCAAGAGAGAGGACAGGAUGCCAGGCAGAAGUGGCCAGGCAGCCGACACCAUGAGCUAUGAGAAAGUCGAAGUGGUCGAGUCUGUAGAAAGAUUCUCUGACGAUGACAAAGUUCAGGCCUAUGAGGAAACAGCAAUGAUAGUAGAGACCACGAUAGAGAAAACAAGCAAGAAGAAGGCCGCAGAGAAAGGCUCCUAAAUUGUGGAUGAGCCUAAAUCCUCGUCCGCUCCCGACGGGCGGAGGGGAUGCCCUUUAGCUCCCAGGUGUAUGUGGUACACUCACCACUUUGACAUUUGCUGUGUGUUGCAAUGCUUUAAUAAAGUGAGUGUUUGCUUCAUAUAUGUAUAUUGUAUUAAUGUGCUUCUAGAAGUUUCUUUUGAGCAGUGCAUGCAAACCCAUAAACUGUUGAAACCUUUUUCUGUAACAUACAGAAACAUCGCUCUGUGGCUCAAAGCUGCUGUCACCGAGUGUGUGUGGUGCCUU